UCUUGUCAAAGGGAAAGAGAUAGCUCAGGUGACAAGAAAACACCUGUCGCUAUGAAUUGUUUUGUAAAUGACGUCUCUAAGGUUCCUGAGGAUGUUUCCUUAUUCAGUAUACACUCUCCUCUGUUGCUUUCACUCAUGUCAUCUGAAGAUGAACAGCAUUUUAUUUCCAACUGGAGGAGCCAUGCACCAGCCCAGGCUGUGGUGAAGCAGCCUGUCCGGGGAGCCAGUGGCAGGACCACAAUCACGAUUGUCCACACUGGAGGGGACUGGAGCACCGGCCUCUUCAGCGUCUGCAGAGAUAGGAGAAUUUGUUUCUGUGGUCUGUGUUGUCCGAUGUGUCUUGAGUGUGACAUCGCCAGGCAUUAUGGAGAGUGUUUUUGUUGGCCGUUGUUACCUGGGUCCACCUCUGCCCUGCGAGUUGGCACCAGAGAGAGACAUAAAAUACGGGGCACACUGUGUGAGGACUGGCUUGCCGUGCACUGCUGUUGGCCUUGUUCCAUCUGCCAGGUGGCCCGGGAACUCAAAAUGAGGACCUCCCAACUCUAUGAAAUCUCAGCAGCCCCUUCAACUAAGGACACCUGUAUUUGACAGAGCACAAAAACUCCUCCUCACUCCCCCUUAACCCUCCUCUUAAUAGAGAGAUGGUUCUUAAGUUUGCACCGAAGUAGUAUGAAAAUAAACGACU